GAAGGACAAAACAGGAAGAAGGAAGAAGCUAUAAGCCCUGGUUGUGACAACCCAACCUUUAUCCCCUCAUUUUUCUUUGAACAGCUGUUUAGAAAAAAGGUUUGUGUUCCUAAAAGGAGUCAGGUUCAGGAGACUGCAAAAUCAUGUUGGAAGAUCUUUUCCAGUCCUUUACUUCAGUGUCCGUGUUGGGGACCAUUGUGGGACUGCUGGUCCUCCACCUUUUUUACUCCAGCUUCAGCUCCCAAGAUGGGAAGAAGGAGCCUCCAGGACCUAAACCUCUUCCCCUGCUUGGUAACUUACUUCAGGUGGAUCUUAAGAGACUCGACAGCUCUCUUUUUGAUCUGUCCAAAAAAUAUGGACCAGUGUUCACAGUCCACUUUGGUUUUAAGAAGGUGGUAGUCCUGGCAGGAUACAGGACAGUCAAACAGGCUCUAGUCAACCAUGCUGAAGAGUUUGGAGACAGAGAGGUCACUCCCAUAUUCUAUGAUUUCAACAAAGGACAUGGCAUACUAUUUUCCAAUGGCGACUCAUGGAAAGAAAUGAGGCGUUUUGCUUUAACUACACUGAAAGAUUUUGGGAUGGGCAAGAGGCUUAGUGAAGGGAAAAUCAUUGAGGAAUGUCACUACCUGAUUGAAGAAUUCGAACAAUAUAAAGGUAAAGCCUUCGACAACACCCAGGCAAUUUGUUAUGCGGCUUCAAAUAUCAUCUCAGCUAUCAUGUUUGGAAAGAGGUUUGAAUACAAAGACGCUGUCUUCCAAGCUAUGGUGGAAAAAGACCACAAGUCCAUCGUUCUGACAGGAUCAGCUCCCAUCCUGAUUUACAACAUGUUUCCUUGGCUGGGCCCUUUUCUUAAAAGCUGGAGGGAUUUGAUGAAGAAUGUGGAGGAAAACAAGGUGGAGACAAAAAGCAUAAUAGCGGAUCUGAAGGAGACUCUGAACCCUGAUAUGUGCAGAUGCUUUGUUGAUGCAUUCCUGACCCGUAAGCUAAAUCUGGAGGAGUCUGAAAUCAAGGAUUCACACUACCAUGAUGACAACCUGGUCUACAGUGUGAUAAAUUUGUUUGCAGCUGGAACUGAUACCACAGGAAAUACACUUCAGUGGUGUCUGCUUUUUAUGGCCAAGUACCCUCGUAUUCAAGGCCAGGUCCAGGAGGAGCUGAGCAGGGUGGUUGGAAGCCGUCAGGUCCGGGUAGAUGACAGGAAGAGCCUGCCGUACACUGACGCUGUCCUCCAUGAGACACAGAGACUGGCCAAUAUUGUCCCCAUGGCUAUUCCUCACAAAACCAGCCGAGACGUCACCUUCCAGGGCUACUUUAUCAAAGAGGGGACUAUUGUGUUUCCUCUGCUUACUUCUGUUCUGUAUGAUGAGAGCGAAUGGGAGAGCCCACACACUUUCAACCCUUCCCACUUCCUGGAUGAGGAGGGUAAAUUUAUCAGGAGAGACGCCUUCAUGCCCUUUUCUGCAGGUCGCAGGAUGUGUCUCGGAGAGAGUCUGGCCAGAAUGGAGCUAUUCCUCUUCUUCACCUCCCUCCUCCAGCGCUUUCGUUUCACUCCUCCACCUGGAAUCACAGAGGAUGAACUGGAUCUCACACCAACUGUGGGCUUCAUCCUCACCCCUUCAGCUCAUGAGCUGUGUGCCGUCAGUCGCCAAUGAGGAGGAGAGCUGGAACGUCUUGAUUAAUGUUUUUUUAUGCCAAGGUGGGAGCGGGAACCGCCACUGUGCAUGGACACUUGUCAUUUUCUCAUCCAUGGUGUGGAAGGCAUAGUGUCAGAUUGCAACAUUUACCAAUUGGCAGCAAUAUAUCUGUGUCUGACAAUGACAUUUUGAGAGGCUUUCCUCCUUUUAACAACUGAAUAUCAUUACUGAUUAUGAUAGAUUUACUCACCUUUCUGUUUAAUCAUCUUGCUUUUGAAUUGCUUAAUCAUGAUUGACAGUUUGAUUAGAUCUGUUCCAUCUCACCUCCUGAAGAGGUGAGAUUGGUGAAAUAGGUGUGAUUCAUUGUUUAUUCAGUGUAAAAAAAGAAUGCCAAAUAAACAACAAAUAUUGUUUAUCAAUAAAUAGCUGCUAUUUGUAACUCCA